AUGCUGCGGGGGGUAUUUGUAGUCCGACAUGAUGCGUGCAACGUAGGCGAUAAUAGGGUUGGACGAAACGCGCUGCGGAGGGCGAGAUACAGAGCGCGGUAUGAAGGGUUGACUGUGUUCGCGGCGGAGGAGGGAUCAAGCUUGGAUAGCGGGCGUAGGCGUAGAAAUGGGCGCAAAUGGGAGGUUUUGCAGGGUGUGCUUGUUACACGCCGCGCCGCGCAAGCCGGAAAAGUAAACUCGCGCGGCGAGGCGUAA